AUGACCGCCCCCGACGACAUGCCGACCGCCCAGCCCGGCUCCGACCGCGAUGGCCUCUCCCUCGCCGACGAUAUCCUCCGCCACACCCAGUACCUAUACGCCCUCGUUCUCCUGAUCGCAUUCGUCUCUUGCGCCGCCUGGUACAGCGUCGUCAAUGCCAAGAAGGAAGAGGACCUUGUCCAGCCGAAGGUCAAGGGUCCUGGUGGCAAGCCAUUGCCACUCACAAAAAAGAAGCGCGCCCUUGCCGAUGGCUCCCGUAAGAUUGGGCCUGGCUUCGGCCGUACCGCGAAGAACGUCUUCCGUUACCUCGCCGCCAUUAUCUUCCUCAGCUAUGUGGCCAGCGCCUCUCUCAUGUUCAACCAUGCCUUUUGGCACGAGGACCCGUACCGCUGGUCAAAAGAAGGACUGCCGUGGGCUGGCGAAUGGAGUGUGGUCCAUGUUACCGGUGCCCUCUUCUUCUACCUCUACAUCCUCAUCUCCUUAUUCGACUGGCGCAAGGGCCCCAAUGUGGUCCAUCUCCUUGUUUGGAUCCUCGGCUUUGCCGGGGAGCUGAUCAUGGCAUCCACCACCCUCGUUGCCGCUGCCGAUUGUCACUUCUUUCGUUCAGUUCGAAACAGUGAACCCAAGAAGGACGGGAGCUGCAUCGACUCCUGGACCAAAGUCGACUUGAUCCUCUACCUAGUACGAAUUCUUCACCUCCUCGCCCUCAUUGGCAUCUUUACCACUGCAUGGAUCCUCAAGGUGCGCCGCUCCGACGACAAGCUUGAAGAGGGGUGUGUAGGCGAGUCUACCCCGCUGCUUAAUGGACAUCGCCGGUCGUACGACAUCCAGAAUGGACAGGUGCCCAAUGGUCGAGAGGCUAAUGGUCGUCGAUCCCGUGGCCGAACCAUUUCCAACGCCGCCAAAUCCGUUGGUCCCCGCAAGGAUGAACCGGCGGCCUUCUACCGCCCCGAGAAGCUGCCCCACAAGACAUGGUGGGAAUACCUUCGUGGAUAUUCCCUAUUCUUUCCUUACCUGUGGCCCAAGGAUGUCGUCAGGCUCCAGGUGCACGUUCUCAUCUGCUUUGUUCUGGUCGUUCUCCAGCGCCUUGUGAUUGCUGCGGUGCCGUGGCAAAUUGGCCGGGUCGUGGAUAGGCUGGUCGACGUCAUAAAGCUCGUCUCCUCGGGCGAGCCGCUCACUAUGGCUAACUUCCCUCUCGCGGACUUCUCCUUGUUGGGCGUCUUAUGGAUUCUACAGGGCCAAUCAGGUCUGUUGGGUUCAGUGAGAUCGCUUCUGUGGAUUCCUGUCUCCCAAUACUCUUACAGAGGACUCACCACAGCAGCAUUUAACCAUGUCCACUCUCUGAGCCUUGAUUUCCACCUGUCAAAGCGCACUGGCGAGGUUCUAUCUGCGCUCAACAAGGGAUCGGCAAUCAACCAAUUCUUGGAACAGGUUACGUUCCAGGUUUUCCCGAUGCUCAUGGACCUUUUCAUUGCCAUCUUCAUUUUCUAUUACCGGUAUGGCCCGCUCUACGCCGAGAUUAACUUGGUGGAUACGUGUUGGUAUCUGUACAUGACUAUCAAGAUGGCAUCAACCCGAGCAGAUCAGCGUCGCGAAAUGACGAAUGCCGAUCGUGAAGAAGAGGCAAUCAAGAACGACUCGAUCUCGAGCUAUGAAACUGUCAAAUACUUCAACGCAGAGGAAUUUGAAUCCCGUCGCUACCAAGACAAGGUUGGGGUCUUCCAGAAGGCUGAAGCGCAAGUCCAGGUGGGCAUGAUGAUGAUGAAUAUCUGCCAAACUCUCGUCUUCAAUCUGGGAAGAAUCAUCGCGGCUCUGGUUUGCGGUUGGCAGGUUGCUAUCGGAAUGCGCAGUACCGGCGAUUGGUUUACCGUCGUUUCAUAUCUUACCCAACUCCAGGGACCCCUCAACUUCUUCGGCACCUUUUACCGCACUGUUCAGCAGGCCAUGAUCUCCGGUGAGAGGCUCCUGGAGCUCUUCAAGAUUCAGCCUACGGUUGUCGACACACCCCAUGCGGUUCCCCUCGAAAACUUUAAGGGCCGUAUUCGUUGGAACAACGUCAGCUUCUCGUAUGACCGACGAAGGCCGGCACUGCGAAACAUCAGCUUUGAAUGUCUCCCUGGCACCACUACUGCCUUUGUGGGUGAGUCAGGCGGUGGCAAAUCGACGCUCUUCCGUCACAUGUUCCGCUACUAUGACUGUGACGAGGGCAGCAUUGAACUUGACGGCCAGGAUGUCAAGGACCUUACUAUCAACUCGGUGAGACGUCACAUUGGAGUCGUCCCCCAGGACACUACCCUCUUCAACGAGACCUUGAUGUACAACCUCAAGUAUGCCAACCCCGCAGCCACAAACGAAGAGGUCUAUGCCGCUUGUCGCGCCGCUAGCAUUCACGAUCGUAUCAUGUCGUUCCCCGACCAGUACGACACGCAGGUCGGCGAGCGGGGCCUGCGUCUUAGCGGUGGCGAGAAGCAGCGAGUUGCCAUUGCCCGCACCAUUCUCAAAGACCCCAAGAUUAUCAUGCUAGACGAGGCCACGUCAGCCCUAGACUCCCAUACCGAGCAGGAGAUCCAGGACAAUGUGUGGAGUAUCGGUCAAGGCCGCACACUACUCAUCAUUGCCCACCGAUUGUCCACUAUUACCCACGCUGACCAGAUUAUCGUACUUAAUGCUGGCACGAUUAUUGAGCGAGGCACACACGAGGAACUUCUAGCAGCUAAUGGCCGAUAUGCUUCAAUGUGGGAGAAACAGAUCCGAGCUGAGCGUGCUCUGGAUGUAGCCCGCGAAGCUCACCAAAGGGCUGCAAAGGCUGUCCGAAGAGCCAAUAUGGGUGGCAAGAAGAAGUCAGAUGCACCUUUGGACGGCUAUAACAGUCUUGCGUCAUCUGGAACACUCUCUGGAAAUGCAACGAGCAAAGGAAAAGAGGAUGAGUCAACUUCUUCCACCUCCUCAGCAUCCUCGGACGCCGAAUCGAGCCAUACGGAAGAACACUCUCCAGAACGGCAGUGA